ACAUCACCCACUUCCUGGUGCAGUACCGCAAGCUGCACAGCGCGCACUGGACCACGGUGAGCAGCGAGGUAAUGGCAGCCAGAACGUUCGGAGUUGGAGGACUGCAGCCUGGCGAACGCUACGAGAUCAGAGUUACUGCCUACAACUCUGCAGGAGCAACGCCAGCGCUCUACACCGUCACCACCGCUGCUCUGUACUCUGCAGGCGAGCAGCAAAUGCUGGGCCGCGGGGACGGCUUCUGGACGCCGCCUCAAGACAAGUCCCGCGCCGUGUCGUCCAGCGAUGCGCGCUGGAGCAAUCCUCGGCUGAUCGUGCCGCUGAUUUUGUCAGCGAGCACCUUAUUGCUGACCUCCUUCUCGCUCUGCUACUUCUUCCAUAGAAGACGUUCGUUCAAUGGCCACGCAGACCACACUAGCAGCGACAAGAAUUGUAACCCUGGCGACCAGUUCACUCAACGUCCCCAUGAGGAGCAAAAAAUUAAUCCCCUGACCGAGAACGUGUACCACUACGUCACGACCGGUUACCCGUUCGCUCAGAACGAUACUGAUGGGCAUGAAGUAAUAGAUCGUGGACGAAUCUCUCCUUCACAGAGGCACAACUCUGCAGCCUACCAAUCAGCAGAGCACGAGAGUAUUGCUCUGAAAUCAGCUGAAUACCAAGCUCCAGAGCAUGGGAAUACUGCACUGAACUGUGCUGAAUACAAAUAUACAGAGCACGUAAAUACUGCACUGAACUCUGAACGAUACCAGUCUGUAGAGCAGUCAGGUAUUGCUAUGACACAGCGUCCUGCAUCUGAGGAAAACAGAACGUUUUCGUCCAUACACUUUCAUUCUCCGUCACUGCAUGAAGUCGACAAUGCCUCUUUGACGAGCGCCUACACCGAGUUGGGCACUAUACCCGCUGAAGACACAAAGUUCGUCUCUGUAUCAGACAGAAAACUCAGGCAGCCGGGACCUGGCAUUCAUCAGCAUCAGCGGACGCAACAAAACCUGGCCCAGGUGUGCCAUAAGCCACUAACGGUGCUGCAAAAACCUGGCAACGUCACAUCCCGGCCUCGACAAAAACAUCAGAGGUUCAAACACGAAGAAAGGGAAGAUGUUAGUCCCUAUCCUCUUGAUCGAAGUAUGUCAUCGUUUCAUUAGACAUAUUAGCUUUUUAUUAUAAUUAUUUGAUUUAUUUCUUCUAUUUCGUUAUAGGAAAAAUUGGUGAAAGUAUUUCUAAUGUUCAUUUAUACUAGUUUCCUAAUAUAUACUUUGAGACUUCAUAAUAAUAUUUUUUACCUAUUUUAUAAGAUCCACAUUGUAUGUAACCAACUUAUCUUCCAAAAUCUCUAGGCAAAAAUCUCAUCACCAGUGCAAUCUAAUUUUACUUUUGACUUACAGUUUCCAGCAUUCGAAACUGUAUUUCUACCCCCCAGUUAUUCGGAAACAAUCAUUAUUUUGAAGUCAAUGAAAGUUAUUAAUCUGAGGAGAGACCAUUCAAACAGUUUAGCUGCGUGUUUCUACAUUACAUUACCAAAGCCAUACCUUAACCUUCUUCAGUGCUAUUCGUACUUAAAUGGCUGAUAAUAUGAGUUAGCGUCAAUAGACAAAGAUUUAAUUUGCAUGAAUGUUUCAUUACAAAUUUUCUUUUAAAGUCUUAUAUCUCCAUUAAGAAUAUUUAUAUUUAUUUGUCGCUACUCAGCAGUUCGACAUUCUUCGCUUCGUGUAUUCGAUGAUAAUGUCUAUGUUUCCGAAGCAUCAAAAAAUUUCUAUCCAACUAAACUCCCCGUAGCUGGAAUAGCAAUACGAGGCUUAUAUUUUACUACAGAAACUCAUACAAGGUGCAAUACAAACUAUAAAAUUUAUAUUUAAUCAAAUAAUAUUUUUGUUGAUACCUUGAUUAAGAAUUGUUACUGAUGCUUCGCUCGACCAUUCUGAAAUUAAUGAUUCACAGACAUGGUUUUCUUGACGUACAAUUAGUUAGUAGGCUUGUUGCUGAAUUCAAAUCGAUUAUAUAAAUUGAUUACUUACAAAUUUUUAUUAUUUCAAGCGAAAUUUGAUCGUAAAUUUUUACAUGGCUAUAAUGAAUGUACGUUCACUUAAAAUGGCAGAGUCUGUGCAUUGAUGUUACUCUCCCUCCAGCUGUUAUGACCUCAGUAAGAUGAAAAAUCCUAAAUGAAAUCAACCCGUUUCAUAAAUAGUAGUAUGUGGAACAAAUACACUAAUAAUAGAGAGGUUUCGCCGUAUGGAAGGAAAAAUUCAUGACUUAACAUCGCAUUUGAAAAUUCCGUUCCUACCGCUGAUGCCAUCUGUAAAUGUAACGAUGUUUGCGAGUUUUCGGUCCGGUGCAAGAUUUAACUGGAAUUUGUCAUAAAAAUAUAACGCGAUAAAAUAUUCUACGUACUUUUUUACCUUCUACCGUGUUUUUAAAUAUUGUAUUCAUAAGAUUUUGGAAUUAAAACAGUUUAUACUCCGAUUAUACUCCAGUCGUGAUUAUUCAUGUGGUUUGAACUGGACCAGACACCCACGAUCUCAAUGAACUCUGUAUCUCUCACA